AUGGAAAAGUGCUCCCACUCUCAUUUCACCUUUUUCUUCUUUUUUCUUACUUUCUUUCUCUCUUCAUGCGGCACAAUCGUCCAGCUAAAUGAUUUAUCAGAAAUCAGGGUCUCUCAAAACUCUAAUGAGUAUCUGCUUCUUGAUUAUUUUUUCGCAGGGCCAAAUCUAACAUAUGAAUUAUCAGGAAGCUACCUAAACAACUUGCAAUCUCCAAUUCCCAGCAUUUCACAAAGGAUGACUCUUUAUUCUUCUUUUCAAAAAGCAGCCUCAAACCUUCCACCAAAUAAUUUUCAAUUAAUUCAACAGAAUGCUGUCUACCGAAAUAUUAUUUACACUUUGGAAGGCCAGCUGCUUUCUUUUUGAGAUAUUUCAGACUUAAUGUCAAUAAAACUGCUUAGUGCCCAAGCUAUUUCAGGAGGAAAACUUCUUGGAUUCUACCAAAUUUAUGAUUCUGUUAACUCUGGAUUUAUGAUUUUGCAAAAUAUUUCUAAUGGAUAUUUGGUUUCUUUUUAUAACGAAACUGAGCCUUAUAAGGUUUCUCUGGUGGCUGGGCUUCAAAUUACUAUUGAAACAGAUAUGGAAUUAACUGGAUUUUCAGUCUAUCCUAUAUUUAACGAUAUUUUCACUUUUAUUUUGGUAAAAUCUCAGAUUUAUGUCAUUAAAUUUAACCCGCAAAACAGCACAGCGUCAAUUUACUACAUUUUUAAUAGUACUUCACUGCAAGCAAACUCAUUUUCACCAAUAUAUUUUUAUUACGACAGCCUUAAUGGGUAUAUUUGUGAUGCAGAAAACGGGGUUUUUGCCCUAAAUCUUGGUAAUUUUUUUUCAGAAGCCAUCAUGACUUUUAAUGUCAACUUAUUAUUGAGGAUCCCACUGAGCCUCGGGGAAAUUUAUUCUUGCACAUGUAACAGUCAGAAUUUGUUUGUCGGGACAAGCCAAGGGAUUGUAGAUUAUAAAGUCCCAGAUAUGACCUUUGCACAGGAGUAUGACCGAGAUUUAGAAAAAUAUGAAAAUCUAGAAUUAGAAGGACUAUCAAGGCUUGAAAGUGUAUGAAAUCGUAUUAGUGGCUAUUUUACUUCAAAUAUUAGCACGAACUUUAGAAUUUACAAUCCAACUGAAACUUAUUAUGGGCAUUUAGCUUUAUCUGAAUAUACAACCAAUUUAUUUGGAACUGAGGCUUUACUAUGCGAAACUCCUCCUUAUACAUGAAUUGAUGGCUUGCCGUUCUUUAUUUUUAGCACCCCAAAUUACUUGUAUGUAUAUCAGUAUAAUUUGCCAGCUAUGACCACAGUUGACCUUAUAUUUAAAUAUGUAACCCCAACUUCCUUCGAGCACAGAUUUUUUAAUAUUCGGCAAGAUUUUUUAAUCUCUGAAAAGGAUAUACUUAUUUACCAAGAAUAGCCCACUAAGGAGCAUUUUUGGUUGGCCGGACAAUAGCUAGCUUGCCAAAUUAUUUUAGCAUGCCAUAUUUUCUGGCGAACCAAAAAAUGAUCCUUAGUGGGCAAUUCUUGGCAAACAGGUAUAAUAUUCUAGGUCGGCAAUUCCAGUGCUGUAUGGAGCCUAGCCUAAUCUCACUUUCAGGGUUAGAUUUUACCUUAAGAGAAAGGGAAGCUCAUAAGUGGGAAAAUGGGACACCCAGCUCAGCUUACAUGCAAUGCUAAGCAAAUGGGGCAAGUUAUCUAGAGUGAAACGAGGAGUUAUGCUCUGGGCAAUGAGUUUUCAUUUUUGCCGAUAGUCAGCCAGAAAACUAAUUUUGGUUUUUUGCGUGGACAACAUUGCACCCGUUAGCGUAGGUAAGACAGCAAAGUCUGACGACUUCCCACUCAACCCUGAAAGCCAAAAUUUAGGAGGAAACCACGCCAUUUCUGGUUGAAGGCAUAGUCACAAAUCGGUUCGAAUCACCUUGAGGAUCCUCGGAGACCGCGCUAUAACUAGGCUAGAGUCACCUGUAGUUUAAGCAUUCAAGACCACAGUUGCCAUAAACAAUAACUAUACCUUUGUAGGAAAUCUUAAAGUAUCCAAUAGCAAAGAUGAAAUAAUAGUCCCAGUAACCAUUUAUGCGACAGACCCAACCUCUAUGGAAAUUUACAAUUGAAGAGGCUUAUACUUAGGGAACGGCUAUCAGCAGCCUUAUCAAAUAAAUCUAUAUGCCAGUAUAAGAAUUGAAGAAAAUAGUGGCGAACUCUAUUUGCCUCUGUCAAACUACUUUUCUGGGCAAAAUAUCAGCUAUUCCUUAUCUCCUUUCCAGCAGACUGAUAGUGGCAAUAUCACAGUAAUUAAUCCUCCAAAAUAUUUACUAGCUUCGUCUAUCAGUGUGACGCCAAAACUAUCAUUUUCUCCUGUGCUUAUAAUGAGUGAAAACAACUUUAUUCAGCUUUUGGUUGCAAUUCCAACAGAUUCUGCAGAGUCAUAUGUAUUUUCUUUUGAUAAUAAUGGGAUUCCCACACUAAGCCAUCAAAUUUCAUGCACAAAUUCUUCAAUGACAAGCAGCAAUGGUGUGACUUUUGUAUAUUAUAUCAGAUAUCUUAUUAUUGAAUGCAUUUUUCAAGACCCAAGCACAGGAGUUUAUGACGUUGACUGAGACAUUUAUACUUUCGAAACAAGCUAUGAAUAUAAAUACCUAAGAACUCACAAAUGAUUCCAAAUUCUGAACUCAGCUAAAAUUAUAUCAUUAUGCAUGUGAAACAUUGCAGCAUUAAGAGGGGAUCAGGUUGAAAUAUAUUCUUUAAACGCCACAGAUACCACUUUAACAGCUCUUCCUUCUAUAAACACAAAUUCAAUUAUAGGCAUUCCACAAUUUAUGCCAAUUGAUAUUGCUACAAUAUAUCCAGGAAGCUGCUGGAGUUUGUAUGCAUAUGAUUUUGAUGCUGGUUUAAUAUGGAUGAAUCUUACAAGUUUCCAAGCUCCUUAUCAAGUUACUGUACUAGGCAUCGCUGGAUCAGUUAAAGAUAUUUACACAAAAAUUACUUAUGCUAACAAUAAAAUAUAUAUCAUUUCUCCACAAUCAGAAGCAUCAAAUAGUUUUGUUGCUGCUGAAAUACCUUUUCAUUAUACUAUAUCAGGCCUUGAGUAUUUGCCUAUUUUCCCUGAGUGCAUUUAUACUUCAAUUUCUGCUGACUAUCGCUUUGUAGCUGUUUUAUGCGAAAAUAUCAAGUCAAACCAAAUUAUGAUUUUUGAUUCUUUUGAUUUUACAUUCGAAAAUUUGUAUGCGGCUGUUCCGAUCUCAAGGGUCGGGUCAGCUUGCAUAUUCUAUUCAAACUCUAUAGCGCUUCUAUAUGUCUACGAAGGAGAGUCUUUACAGACUUAUGUUCUUGCCCAGUCAGUAGAUAACUUUAUGCCACCUUCAAGCUCAAGUCUGUUGCCAAGCUAUUCACAGACAGAAGUGGUUUGGGCAAAAAUAGAAUUCAAUUUUACGUCACCUGUGACCGAAGAGCAGACUUUUGACUUUAUGCUAACUGCAGAAAAUGGAUAUCGUAACAAGACAACUAUAAUUUCUAUAGAUCUUGUACCCAGGGGAACUGUGGUUCUAGCUAAUGCAGAUUUCGAUUUAUCGAGCUCAAAUUUGACGUCUGGGAAUACAAUAGAGGUACUUAAAACUCAAAUAACUGAGAAUGUGCCUCUACAAGCAGUAAAAGGAAAUAAUAUAAAGUUUGGCGUAUUUGAUACUAAAAAAGAUGACUUGAUGAUGGAUGAGCAAGACUGCAGUGCAGUGAGCCCUAUUUGUAUUGCCAGCAAGUAUAAUCUUAAUGAGGCUAUAUGACAGAAUCAUUCUUCUUAUGAUUCUUGUGCGUUUGAAAAUACCUUUUAUGUAUCAGGCUCUAAUGAAAUCUUUGAGUAUAAUCUUAGCGCAUAUCCAUAUAGCCUUAAAAACAUUUACAACCUUAGCCAAAUAAGAGAAGCCUUUUUAACAAACUGCUAUAAAAUCUAUACAACACCCAUUCAGGGCAUAUUGAUAGCCUCCUGUUAUGUAUAUCCUGCUCAAAACUCAAUGUAUCCAACCAUUUACUUAUUUGUAAUAAACUUAAAUGAUCUACCAAAUAGUACCCUGGUUCCUCAAACCUAUUUGGCGGCCUCAAUUGAAGUAGCCGAUCAGCAGCCAUGCCCCUUAAUUUAUGUUUACAAUCUGCAAUGCAUCGAUAUAUAUGAGCUUCAGCCUGCCAAUAGCACUUACACUCUUGUCUGAAUUUCUAAUAUAAAUUCUGAAGAAAUUGGCGUAAGUAUGUUACAAAUUAAUUCAAUUAUGUAUUUGAAUCAAACUGAUAUAAUAUUAUCUGAUAUUAGCAGUGGGUUCCUAUGGAUUAAGGCGUCUAUAAGUAAUCGCAACAAAAUUUCUUAUGAGCUUUAUGGUCAAUACACGUUCCCUUCUCGUUUUAUCGAUGAUAAAUCUUAUUAUACCUCAGCUGCUCUCUUAUCUGACCAAAAAACAAUACUUGCUACAGAAAAUAAUGGAAAGGCUUUAUUGAUAAAUAUUUGUGACGCAGGACUUAUAGCGAAAAGUGAGUUUCCUCAGCUUGCCGAUGAAACUAAUGAAUGGAUGUAUUCGCUUUAUGUCUAUGAACCUCAAACAUUAGCUUUAUACCCUAUAAGUAACUCGACAUUCUUAUGAAUCAGAGUUCUCAAUUACAGCGAGUCGUUUGAUAACUGUGUUUAUACAGAUAUUCCUAUUGGCACAGAUUUAAACUAUUUUGGUCAAUUAAAAAUAUUUGUCACGCAAGAAACAGCGGUUUCCUUAAGAUUUAUAUUACUGCUUCAAUACACAAACUCGAUUCAAUACAGCAUUAUCCUUGGAGAAAUCAGACUUAGCCCUAUUGCAACUUUUGCACCUAUUGAAGGAUUUUCUGCUAAAACCUUAAAAUUGGUGGGGUAUAUUGACGAAUCAGGGUCGCAAGAAGCUGUUGGAAAAUUUGGCUUGCAAUGGGGUAAAAGUAAAGGGGAAGAAAAAACAAGCUCGCAUUUAGACUGGUAUUCGAGAUGAUAUGUAUGGGUUUCUAUUAUUGGAGGAAUCACUUUAGUAGUUGUGGCAUUGAUUAUUGCUAUUAAAAAGAGAAGAAAGAGAAGACGCUUGGUUAGUAUCAGCUUGCUAUCGAUUGAUAAGCAGUACCGAUAUAGCAUCAGCGAUUUAUAG